AUUUAUUUAUUUUUUCUUUCCAUUAUUAACUCCGGAACACAUGAGCGUUAGUCCUUGGACUUUAGUUUGAAGUAAACGCACUGUUCCUGCAUCACUAUUAGCUAAAAGACCCAAAUGUUGUUUUAUCCAUCUACUCUAUCCUGAGUUAAAAGUCUGAAAUACUGUUUAAAACUCUAGAAUCUCAUUGAAGGAACUACAUUCGAUCUCGCAUAUUCUGCUCUUCACUCCAGAUCUGCCGCUUUAAGGUUCCUUAAGCUUUGACGUGUCAUUGACAACAAGUCAGAUGAAUAAACUUGGAAUGCUUUUAUCGUGGACCUUGACAACGUUGCAGAUUAGGGAAGAACCAUGGCUGAUCGGGGUCUUAUACCUCUCAUCAAGAAGUUGAAGAAUAGUAAUAGAAGAGCUAGAAAUGAUUUCUUAUAUGUUGAUAGAGUACAUUGGCAGAAAAAGAUGCGUGUAUAUUUGGAUCAUCUGGUGAAUCACCUCAAGAAGAUGAUGCUAGGGUAUGAAAAUGUGGAAGUAAAAGGCAUGAUUAAUAAAAUGGAAGUGCUGGCUAGGGGAUUAUUUGAUUCACAUGAUGGAUUUGAAAAAAGCUGGAUGGAUACGAUAUUAGAGAUUACUGAAGAACUCUGUAACAUCAGAUAUGGAUCAAACGUAGAAGGAGAAGAAAUCGUGGGGUUCGAUGACGAUGUAGAAACACUACUUGACCAACUUACUCAAACUUCAAUAAAGCGAUUCCAGGUUAUAUCCAUCGUAGGAAUGGCUGGGAUUGGAAAGACGACUUUGGCUAGAAAACUGCACAACGAUCCACUAAUUGAAUAUCACUUUGACAUUCGAGCAUGGACAUGUGUUUCUCAAAUAUAUGUGAAGAGGGAUUUGUUACUUGGCAUAUUGACCUCUUUUAUUUAUGAUCUUACAGAGGAGAUCCAUAAAAUGAGCGAUGAACAGUUGGGGGAAAAGCUGUACAGACUUUUAAAGGGUCGUAGAUAUCUGGUGGUGUUGGAUGAUAUCUGGGAUUUUAAGGCCUGGAAUGAUCUCCAAAUUUAUUUUCCAGAUGACAAAGUGGGAAGUCGAGUUGUAUUUACUAGCCGUGACAUAGACAUUAGUUUACAUGUAGGGGCAGCAAGAGCUUCUCAUGUUUUGCGUCUUCGUACUACAGAUGAAAGUUGGGAUAUAUUUCAGAUGAAUGUAUUUAGAUCCGGAAUAUGCCCUUCUUAUUUGGAGCCAACUGGAAGGGAGAUAGUAAGAAAAUGUGAGGGUUUGCCUCUUGCCAUUGUUAUAGCUUCAGGUCUUGUGAAAAAUCAAUCGUCAUAUAAACCCAGUUGGUGGAAGCAAAUUGCUCUUAGUUUGCGUUCAUUUAUGGAUCGUGAUCCAAGACAAUACAUGGACACACUUUCUUUGAGCUACAACCAUCUGCCUCCUCACCUAAGAUGGUGUUUUCUCUUUGUUGGUGUAUUUCCUGAGGACUAUGAGAUUCCUGUGACAAAGUUGAUCUGGCUUUGGAUUGCUCAAGGAUUCAUACAUGAUCAAGGUGGAAGCAGAAUCUUGGAGGAUGUUGCAAAGGAUUUCAUGAUGGAUUUAAUCAGGAGAAGCCUCCUAAUGAUUGCCAAAAAAAGGGAUGAUGGCCAAAUUAAAGCAUGCCGCAUCCAUGACUUGUUGCGGGAGCUGUGCUUGAGAAAAGCCAAGGAAGAAACUUUUUCUUCAGAAGUAGAAGUUUACAGGUAUGCUCCUGUUGAGUAUUUUUCAACUUCAGGUACCAUCAGCUCUGGUUUGUGUUAUCCAUUUGAGUUGGGCAGAGUUCUCCAUGAUGGUGGAUUAGUUCUUAGUGAAACAUACAAAUCCCUUAGGAUUCUAGAUGUCGAGUCUAUCCAAAUUGCCUUAUUUCCUUCUGACGUGGUUCAACUGGUUAGUCUGAGAUACUUGGCCAUCCAAGCUCAUCAAGGAAGUCCUCAAGAAUCAAUAUCCAACCUUGUCAACCUACAAAUGUUAAUAAUAUCAUCAAGGAAGAAUGUUGUUUUACCAAAAACCAUAUGGAACAUGGUCAAUCUAAGGCACCUAUAUAUCAAAUCAGGGGAAAACAUUAUCGAAGAGCCUUGUUUCGUACAAGCUUCAACAGGGACUGAUGAUUGUGGCAGUGGGUUGGGUAGCCUGCAAACCUUAUCCCAAGUCAGUCCCGAAUCUUGCCACAAUAUAUUUUCAAAGACUCCCAAUCUUAGGAAGCUUGGGUUUUGUGGACCCCUAAUUUCAAGCCUAGGUGAUCUGGAAUUUCCAAAUACAAGCUGCUUGCAGAACCUAAAAGAACUGAAGUUAUUUAAUACGGUUACGUACCCUGAACCAACAAGGUCUUGCAAUCCUAUUAUGUUCCCUGAAAUGCUAAAGAAACUUACAUUGUCAAACAUUGGGAUGGAUUGGGAAGAGAUGUGGACAUUCUCCUUGCUACCUAACCUGGAGGUUUUGAAAUUAAAAUUUAAUGCAUGCAUUGGAGAAAGAUGGGAGACAAGCGAUGCAGAGUUUGCACGACUUAAGAUAUUGAAACUACAAGGGUUGGAGUUAAGAGAAUGGGAAUGUUCAAAGGAUAACUUCCCCUGUCUACAACGUUUAGUGGUUCAUCACUGCUUAAAACUCAAGAGUAUCCCACUGGAAGUAGGCAGGAUCUUGACACUGGAGCUGAUUGAGGUACAGGGGUGUAACGUGUCUGCUAACGCCUCUGCACUAAAAAUCAAAGAAGAGCAAGAGAGUGAAGGGAACUCCUUCUUGAGUGUCCAUGCAACCAAAAAUGUUUCAAGAAAUUUGACAUUCCCAGCUCACAACAUCAAUACAUCAUACAUCCGGCUGAUGGCGAGUUUGCUAAGAACAGACAGUUGAUAUCAUUGAAUUUUUAUCUAGAUUACGAUCAGGAAACUCAAAAUCAACAUCAGAGAAUCAGAUCUUCUUAUUGCGUUAUCGCUCUUCUCCGAACUCCUUCAUUUGGAAUAUACUCAACGAGAACAGAGAACAGAAAUUCCUGGAUCUUAUCACCACCGCCUCGAAUCACGAGCGGGAGGAAAGGUUCUUUAAGCAACAAAAGAAAUCCGAAUAUGAUUUACGUGAGUUCCAGACUUUCCAGACAAUCUAUCAUUGGCGUCAACACCUAUGAAGCAGGAAAGGAGAGAAACACCAAUUCAUAACCAAGAUCUUCCACCUCAGUCAACGGAUAUGACACACGGUUGCAGUUCAUGGCGAGUUUCGGAUUCCGGUGGUUAUGAGUACGCAAAUCAAAGUAAUUUGGAUUUUUCAUCGUCUUUUAGAGCUAUGGAUUCAGCUAGUUAAAACAUCAUCAGGAAGAAUAGAACUCCAGCUGGAUUUUUGUUCUCCUUGACUGUUGAAUAUGGUCUUACGGGCAUGAAAAUGUGAGAAAAAGCAAUUCAUCAAGUGAUCCGAAUAACCAACAUCGUAAAGAAUAACUUCUAACUGGACAACAGGGAGUUUAGAGUUCUAGACAACAUAUUUGAUUUACCCAAGAGAAAAAGAAGACUCUUCUCUUUUGAAUGGAAUUUGUUUCAAGAAGUUUGAAAGGUGCACAUUUUCAAAUGCAUAUGGAACCCAUUUCAUUACAGCAUUCAGCAUCAUGAAGUACUUGGAAUACACCCCUUUCCAACGUUCUGAUUCUUGAUUAUCUUGGUAACUCUCCUGAUGCCGGGUCACCAGCUGAAUAUAUUUCUAAUAGAUCCAGCUGAAAGAUGUUGAUAUGUCUGAUUUUGACUUUGUACCACAUGUAUCCAGACUAUAACUUCAGGUAAUAACUUUAUUUUGCAACAACUCAAAUUUUAUUCAAGUAGUUUAGAAGGGGUAAAUUAGGAAAUCAAAUAAAUAAAGAGCAAACUAUUGGUGGUGGGGGUCUUUUGGGUAUUUAUGUUUACUUAGUUUGUUGCAACAGUGCUUAUAAGAGGGUAGAUAGUAUGUGGAUAUCAUCAUAUAUCUUGUGAGAAAUAUGGUAUUUCAUACAUUGGGACAAGAUAGGCUCUCGAAUCACUAUCAAAUCGCUAGGUUUAUCUUGUUAUUUUGAGUCUUAUCAAUACAUCAGUGUAGUAUUGGUUUUCUGUUCUUGUUUUGACCUUAUAUUCUAAAUUGAUAGAGAUAUGGAAUUACUAACUACAAAAGGACAUAAACCAAGAAUUAUCCAUGUUUGUUUAAGAAAGGAAAAAUUGGUAAGUGGCUAAAGUUUUGCUGGGGUAAGAAAAGAAUAAAAGGAAGAAUUGGGCAAGCUGGGCUCAUGAUCAAUAACUCUAGAUUGGUAUUUUGGCCAACAACGAAUUAUCAUCUAUUUUUUUGCAUUUUUGUAAGUUUGUAUCAACGACAAUGCAAUUGAAAAGCUACUGGCUCCUGCGUAAGUUACUAAAAUGCUCAAAAUCUUUUCAUUUUUUACGGAAAAUUUGAAGAUAUAAAGUUAGGCGAGUGGAGCAAUUGGAAACAUCAGAGCAAGCAAAACCGUGGGGGUCUACUGGUGUAAGGGUUCUACUGAUGUAAGGGGGUCUACUACUGUAACCCAAAGAAAACUAGCAAGUAUCCUUACGCCAUCAACCUUGAUCAAUGGAAACAUUGGGCCUUAAGUUGUACAUCUUCUUGUUAUAAAGGAGGGGGUAUCAGAAGUCUUGAUGAUGAUUCAACUACAUAUGGAUUUGCCUUUGUUGAUUGUGAUGCCUUCGAGUUUUGGGUAGGAUUAGUGAGUGAUGAUGCUUCAUGUGCAACUUUAGACUUAUUUGGCAUUUAUGUAGACUAUUGUUUAAAAGAUUCAAAAUAUCAACAACGAAACUAUUAUUAUUUUCAACGGAUUACAAUUAAAUUAUUUUUUUA